CACACACACACACACUUUCUCAGUGAACGGAGGACGGUUUGUUUUUUACACCCGAGAUUAUUAUGUUCCACAUAUAUUUAAUAUUCCGUUAAACUGACUCUAUACUUCCUAUAACUUCCGUUUAAACAGAAAACGGAUUAAUUUCAGUUUGAUCUGCGUCACUGGAGCUGAAUCAGAGGGAGAGGGGUGUGAUCAUGGAGCUGGCGUAUGUGUGUGAGUGGGAGAAACGUCCGAAGAGCGUCCACUGUCCCUCGGUCCCGCUGGUCUGCUCCUGGUCCUGCAGGAACCUGGUGGCUUUCACUACAGACCUGAAGAGUGACACCGACGACACAGUCCGGUCCACUAACCCCGUGUUGUCCCUGUUCCUGCAGUCCGGGUCCACUAACUUCGGGGAGAAGUUCUCGCGGGUGAAGUUCUCUCCGUCCCUGACCCUGUUUGGGGGGAAGCCGAUGGAGGGCUGGCUGGCGGUGACGGUGAGCGGCCUGGUCACCGUGUCGUUGCUGAAGCCCGGCGGCGCCCUGCUGACCGCCAGCGAGAGCCUGUGUCGGCUGCGCGGCCGCGUGGCGCUCGCCGACAUCGCCUUCACCGGGGGGGGCAACAUCGUUGUGGCGGCGACCGACGGGAGCAGCUCCUCCCCAGUCCAGUUCUACAAGGUGGUGGUGAGUGUGGUGAGUGAGAAGUGUCGUAUUGACACUGAGCUACUCCCGUCCCUCUUCCUGCGCUGCACCACCGACCCCCUGAGGAGGGACAAGUACCCGGCGGUCACUCACCUCAAGUUCCUCACCAGAGAGAACUCAGAGCAGGUGCUGCUGUGUGCGUCCAAUCAGAGCGGCAGCAUCGUGGAGUGCUGGUCUCUGAGGAAGGAGGGACUUCCUGUCAACAACAUCUUCCAGCACCGCUCGCCAGUUGGUAAGAACCCGGGGGGUAAUAUUAAUAUCAUAAUAAUAAUACCUCUCUCUCUCUCUGUCUAUCUGUCUGUCUGUCUCCAGGUCCUGGCGACCCGUAUCCUGGCGGUGAAGGCGUCUCUCUGUAAGUUGUCCACGGCGACGGCGGCUCGUGCCUGUGACUUCCACGCCAAGCUGCUGCUGAUCGCCAUCAGCUCCACGCUGAAGUCUCUGCUGCGUCCACACGUCCUCAACACGCCGGACAAGAGUCCGGGAGACCGGCUCGCCGAGAUCUGCAGCAAGAACAUCGACACGGAUAUUGAUAAGGUGAUGAUCAAUCUGAAGACGGAGGAGUUUGUGUUGGACGGCCCCCCCCUUCAGUCUCUGCAGCAGCUCAUCCAAUGGGUGGGGGACUUCGUCCUCUACCUGUUGGCCAACCUGCCCAACCAGGGCUCCAUGGUGCGCCCCGGCUUCGGCUUCAUGCGGGACGGGGCCUCCUUGGCCAUGCUGCGGGAGAUGCUGGUGAUGAUCCGGAUCUGGGGGCUGCUGAAGCCCGGCUGCCUGCCCACCUUCACCGCCACGUCAGACAACCAGGACAGCAUGCAGCUGCUAUUCAGACUGCUCACCAAGCUCUGGCUCUGCUCGCGGGACGACGUCCCCCCCCAGGACCCAGACGAGACUCUGAUAGACGAGUGCUGCCUGCUGCCCAGCCAGCUGCUGGUUCCCAGCAUGGACUGGCUGCCCGUCAACGACGGCAUCAUCGUCCGGCUGCAGGGGAAGCAGCCAAUCAGGCUGCAGUUUGGAAAAGCUUCGUCUCUGCCCGCGGGGGGGAGCACCGCGGCAACGCCACUGGAGCUCUUCACCAGGUAAC